GGAGAAGGAACAGUGUGAUUGGCUGUAGGUGAUCACAUGGUACCAGGAAUCACCAGGACAGGAAGAAGAACUGAACUGCUGCACAGAGAAUGUUACAUACAGUGCUGAGCAAAUAUGGAGAGAAAACUCAAUGUCAACAGAAAAAGUGGCAGCUGGAAUUGCCUGCUUGUCCUCUUUCUAAUGCUACUGUUCACAGUGGUUUCAGUUAACUUCUUGCUGUAUAUGUAUAUUGAACAAAUCUAUGCACCUUCUCAAUUCAGCCAUUCUGAACUGAACCUAUGUCCUUAUGGACACUUUAAGAUAGCAACGAUGAAAAAUUGCUCACCGUGGCUGACUUGUGAGACUAUUGAAAAAGAAGUCAGGAAGCUAAAGCUUGUUGGUGAAGGAGCAGUUAAAAAGGUAUUUUUGUCUGAGUGGAAGGGCAUGAAAGUUGCUCUUUCAGAAUUAAAAUCGCUAGAUCUGCAGGAUGAUUUCCUCCAUGGAUUAAGGAUGCUGCAGUCACUGCAAAGCAGAAAUGUUGUGGUCCUUGUUGGAUAUUGUAAAGAGACAUUUAGCAUACUGACUGAAUAUCACCCACUUGGUUCCUUGAAAGACUUGGACAAAACUUUUAGUUUUCCUAAAUACCAAGGCUUCAACACGUGGCAGAAUCGCCUUAAACUUGCAAUGGAGUAUGUUAGCAUCAUUAACUAUCUUCAUACUAGCCCCCAUGGCACUCUGGUCAUGUGUGAUUCCAAUGAUUUGGACAAGGUACUGUCUCAAUACAUGCUGACAAGUGACUUUCAUGUAGUAGCUAAUGAUCUUGAUGCUUUGCCUGUAGUGGACAGGGAAAAUGGCAUUUUGGUCAAGUGUGGCCAAAGGGAAAUAACUGGACAUUUUGUUGCUCCUGAACAGUUGUGGCCCUAUGGGCCAAAUGUUGAAUUCUCAAAUGACAUAAUGCCUUCAUAUGAUGAGAAGACUGAUAUUUGGAAGAUUCCAGCUGUGACUGAUCACCUUUUGGGUCAUGUGCAAGGAAGUGACAUUGUUAGGUUCCAUCUGUUCGACAUCCACUCUGAGUGUGGUAAAAAUAACCCAUCUGAAAGACCUUCAACUCAGAUGGUGUUAGACACCUACAAGAGAGUCUUGGCUUUAUUAAUGAAAGAGAUGGCAGUGGCAGAAACUCGAGAGAUGUUAUAAAGUAAUAUUAGACCACAUUUAACGUAAGAAUUUCAGUAGAACUGUUUUGUGCUCCAGUAGUAGAAAAUACACAAGAGAAGUUACACACUAUGGGGCAGAUUUACAAACUUCUGCUAUAGGAAUCAUUUUCUACAUUAAUACUAAUUUUUAGUAACGCAGAAAAUUAUUUUUCUCA